AUGGUUAAAGGAGAGAUUCUCACCCUCGGUGCUGCCGCUGGUGCCCUUGGAGGUGCUUAUAAGCUUGCCGAAUUCCUUAAUAAGGCUAAACGCGUCCGCGACGUCGGUCCUUCCAAUGCAGUCUAUGUGCGCAUCAUUGGCCGCGUCCAAUCCGACCUUGAUGAAGUGAGACGUCUUCUCUCCAUCCGCGAGAUCCACGACAUCCUCGAAGCCAACCCUGAGAAGUCCAAAUGGGUCUACGGAUGCAUGCGCGAUGUGCGCGGCGCUCUCGAGAACAUCACGCCGCACACGGAGCGCGUCGCUGGCGAUAUCCAGGACGGUCGCCGUAUCGGUGUCAGGCACCGCGUCUACUGGCUGCUCAGCGAGAAGGAGAAGCUGGAGAACAGAGAGAAGGAGCUCAACAUCGCGCAAGCCAGUCUCAGCGCGGUGCUCGGCUACUUGACUGCUCUGGAGCCGUACGAGGAGCCGCAUAAGCCCAAGUCCAAGAAGGAAACUCAUAUCGACAUCGACAUCCACCAGGAACCUCCCCAGCCUCAGGCCCAGCCUCAGCCUCAGCCGACGCACACAACGCACAUUGACCGGGAAGUCUGGGUCGAGCGUGACGGUGCGCCGCCUCGUCAUGUAGAGGAACACCGCGAUGUCUGGGUUGAGCGCGACCGUCAUCCUGCAGCCCACUACGAGGAGCGUCGCGACGUGUACAUCGAUGAGCGCGAGCGCGGACCUCAACACUACGACGACCGCGGUCCCGCUCCCCGUUACGACGCUCACUUUGAACACCAAGGCCGCGAUGCUCGUUACGAGACUCAGUAUGACGAGCGCUUCGAGCAGCAAGACCACUACCGCUCGCAGUACCCUAUUGAGACCCAAGGCAACUACAACCAGACCCGUCCCUUCCCUGAGCCCCUCGGCCGCCGCCCUGAAUCGUUCGAGGACCGUCUUCCCGAGCGCGACUCCUGGAUGCAGAGCAAUGCGCGCGCCAACCAACGCCCAGGUCAGUACGCCCCCCGUGGGUACGCCGAGUACGGUGCACCGCAACCCAUCGGCGCAGCCCAUUAUUCGCGUAGGUUUCAAGGAGACGCGGGCUUUGGCGACGAAGAAAUACUAAAUCCACAACCAGUGCCGUUGGACAGGCAGUACGCCGAACGUGAGGUGAGUGGUUACAACACUGGCUACCCGCCCCGUUACGGUAGCAAGCUCUAG